UCUCUCUUCCUCUUCCUUUCUGCUACGGCGCAAUUGUAUAGAUCUCUAGAAGUAAAUGGGGAAACACAUCAACACCGGUUUGGUCAGAAUAUUUCACCGUGAUCAAUCGGAAGUGUGGGACGCAAUUUAAUUAACAGAUCUCUCGGGGUAAAUGGGGAAGCACAUCAACACCGGUUUGGUCAGAAUAUUUGACUGUGAUCAAUCGGAAGCAGGGAACCGGUGGGACAGGUAGGUCUGGCAGGUGGCAACACUGGCAUUGGGAAAGCCACUGCUCUGGAGCUUGCCAGGAGGGGUGCAAGAGUAAUCAUGGCAUGCCGCAACCAAGAGAAAGCCGAACUUGCUAUAAGUGAUAUAAAAAGGGAGACAGGCAGCACUGAUGUGGUGUACAUGCAGUUGGACCUGGGGAGCCUUCAAGCAGUGCGUUCUUUCACCGAGACCUUCCUGAAGACCGAGGCUAGACUGGAUCUUCUCAUUAACAAUGCUGGUCUGGUGGCGGAUGGGCGCACUGCUGAUGGCUUUGGUAUUGAGUUUGGGGUCAACCAUCUUGGCCAUUUCCUGCUGACCUGUCUGUUGCUGGACCGCCUGAAGGAGGGCACUGGGGGCCGUGUAGUCACACUGGGCUCCAUGGCCUAUCGCUGGGGCAACAUCGACUUUGAUGCCCUUAUCACUAAUAAACACCUGGGCACUGGGAGGUACAGCUGGCAGUUCUUCCACGCGUACUGCAACAGUAAACUGUGCAAUGUUCUCUUCAACCACGAGCUGGCCAAGAGACUGAAGGGUACCAAUGUCACUUGCUACAGUGUUCACCCAGGAGUAGUGAAAACAGAGCUAUCCCGAAACUGCAGCCUGUGGCAGAGAUUCAUCAUUGAGCCAAUAGCUAGACUGUUGUUCCUGGAUCCAGAAUCCGGUGCCCAGACCACUCUCCACUGUGCCCUCCAGGAGGGUAUCGAGCCCCUGAGUGGAUGCUACUUCUUCUGCUGUGCGCCGCAGGACGUGGUUGCCAAAGGCAAAGACGACGCUGUGGCCAAGAAGUUGUGGGAAGUUAGUGAACGGCUGAGUGGCCUGUUCUAGGAAAAAGGCACAUUGUUACACUGCUUUUGAUUUGGUGGUUUACAGAUCUGGGGGGAAAAUGCUCAUUGAACACUCAUCAAAAUGGAUCAAAAUGACAAGAAACUGCUCAUACAUUAGCUGAUCUCCUUUUCACUAGAGCAUUGAUGUUGGUGACAUCCUGUUUGUGGUGUGUCUUGUAUUGAUGGUGAUCAGUAUGUAGUAAGUGUGCCAGUUCAGUCUAAAUACUUAGGAAGCUCUUGUAAAAACUGUUUGACUUAUUAUAAUAAAAACGAUUCCAAGGGA